AGUCCGCCAUCUGAUCGGUUUAAUCCCAUCAUUGGUGCUUUCAUUGAGAGACUACUGUGAGAUAAAGCUGUGAGAUUAUGGCCGGACGAAGGACGAGACGUAACACUGCUGCUUCUGCCCAGUCGAUGGUGAGGAGUGACAACCCUGAACAGGGCAUGAUCGUUCCUGUCAAUGGGUUGGAAACAGCGUUGAAUAAUGUGGCUAACAUGAUGGCCAACAUUAUGGAACGGUUGGAUAAGGUUCUCCCUGGUCCAUCCGGUACCCGGGACAUCCCUGCCGGGCAACCCCGCCAGGUCCUGCGUACUGCAAGUUUUCCCAUCCUCCAGGAGCUUCAUGAUCCAGAGGAAGUCGAGAGGGAGAGACAGGCCGUUGCUAGACGCCGGGCGGAGGAAUUGGCCCGGAAUAGUAAGGUGAAUGGAGAUUGGGCCAAGGCUGCAAGCCAGGUCGUCGGCAAUGGAAACGAAAACCCGCGGGUUGAAAGGAUAUCUCGCCAGAAAGCUCACGUUAGUGAGAGGCUGGGAAAGAAUCCGGACAAAGUACCCCAGGGUUGGAUACGACCCCAGGCCAGCCAGGUGGCGUCUUCUAACCGCGAACCCCGGCAGCGAAACGGCCGCGGUGGGAGUUAAGCGCCGGGCCGGUCCUUGGUGGUUCUGGAUGAGGAUGAAGUUCAAAGCCAAGUCAGGGUCCCAGCGCCACAGCGUCUGGGGCCGCCGGUACCGGAAGCUGGCGAAUUCCAGGAUCUGAGGCAGCAGAUCCAGGAGAUGCAGAGGAGGAUAAACAGGGGACGAGUAUUCACUACCCGGACGAAUACUCCCUUAGCCCCGGAGAUCUUUGCGGAACCAUACCUGCAGGGAU